CGUGUCUCCUGAUUGUCACUCCUGCGCAGAAAAGGAAAAGUGUCUUGAAACGUUGCACUGUAUGUUUUGCAGAGAUGGCAGUUGACAUUACGUUAUUGUUUAAAGCAAGCGUCAAAACCGUAAAAACUAGAAAUAAAGCAAUUGGUGUGGGAUUUGAUACAUCAAAAGACGAAAUACUAAAGAAAAGUCGACCAAAAAGCGAUUUCUCCAACAGGGCUAAAGACGUGAUUACUAACAUUACAAGGCUAAAAGACUUUCUUCUAAAACAUCGGAAAGAUUAUAUCAAUGCUGGGGGUCUUAUUUCUUCAGAAUACUCACGUAUGACAGAUAGUGAAAGGGACCAGAUUGAUCAAGAUGCACAGAUAUUAAUAAGGACAUGUUCUGAUGCCAUUAACCAUCUGAGAACAGAAGCUUCUAAAAAUGCCUUAUCUGCUCAAACUAAAGAACAUCAAGGAGCUGUUCUGGACCUUACAGAAAUGUACCUAAAAAGUGUCUGCAAACUAUAUUCAGAACAACGUGCUAUCAGAGUUAAGAGAGUUGUGGAUAAAAAGAGAUUGUCAAGACUUGAACCAGAGAAAAGAAAUAAAUUAGUAGAUUCCACUCCUCCCAAGACACCAGUGAUUUCUUCAACAGAACAAGUAGAUGAAAAAGCUAUUCAAGAUGAAAGCACUGAUAAAAGCAAUGCAGAAACCCAGGACAAUAAUGUUGCUCUUUGGGAAGAUGGAAAAGUGGAGGAUGAACUGUCGCCUGAAGAAAUUCAAAUGUUUGAACAAGAAAAUCAAAGGCUUGUCAGUGAGAUGAACAGCCUCGUCGAUGAAGUGAGGCAAAUAGAAGGAAAAGUGGUUGAAAUAUCUAGACUUCAAGAGAUUUUUGCAGAGAAAGUUCUACAACAGGAGACAGACAUAGACAAUAUUCAUCAGUUGGUUGUGGGAGCAACAGAAAAUGUCAAGGAAGGAAAUGAAGAUAUCAGAGAGGCAAUUAAAAACAAUGCUGGAUUUCGGGUGUGGAUUCUCUUCUUUCUUGUGAUGUGCUCAUUUUCUUUGCUUUUCCUGGACUGGUAUGACAGCUGAUGUUAUUUAAUGAAAUGGAGACAAGAGACUCAAAAUGAAUAGUUCACAAUUAACCUAUACUGUUCAGUCACAUUUUAUCUUUCAUGUAAUUAUUAAACAAUGUAAAACCUAUCAGUGAACGUCACUUUCUGGACACGUAGCAAGUGAGGAUUGAAGUAUCUGCAAACUGCUGCCUUAUUUCCAAGUGGCUUCUUCUGCUAGGGCUGCCCUGGUCCUCUUGCCAUUUCAGUCCAUCCUUACCACCUUUUGUUGGUGAAAAUCAGGAAGAUGUCUGUUUUGUCCUGUUCAAUUUUCUUUUUUUUCAUUCUUUUUCAUUUACAGUGAUGUCUUUCUAUUUGUCCAAAUUGUCCUGUUAAUCUCUGGUAAUUUUCACAUUUGAGUCAAAUGAGCAUUUUCUAUUAUCACUCCAUUAAUUAUCUUCUGUAGCUUGAUGAUUGUCUAACCAGGAAGUCUUCAAAACAAAGUUCUGUUUAUAUGUUUUUAAUGUAUAAAAUUAAAUAACAUGGUAAUGACAGCCACAUCAGCUACUGUAAGAUUAAAAAUAAAAGAUUUGUCUUUUUAGAGCUCAAAGAAUCGACUUGUAUUCAAAUAUUUCAAGAAUUAAGUACACAUCUUACCAUACUGAAGAAAUAUUCAGAGAAUUCACAUUUUUUUAAUGUUUGAAAUUACAUUUAUUUAGGAGUACUUGCACAAAAGAAUUGUGUCAUCUGCCUUAGAUUUUAUUUAUUUUGACAAAGUGAAAAUGUCAAAAGUUACAACCAAAUGGUUUCACUGCAGUACAUUGAAUGUGAUACAUGACAUGAUAAAAUGUGAUUUCUACAAAAUAAAUUACAGGAAUUGAUUUCAUAAAAUGUGCUUCUGAACAUCUAAUUUUUUAACCCAAGAAGAAACAUUUGGCACUGUUUUUGUUCAUUGUCUUUUAUUGCGAUCAUGCUUUUGUGACACUUUACAACAAGUUACAUUAAUUAAAGCCCGUCCUCCCCCCAAUGAGUUAUAUUAUCAAGCCACUAAAGCAAGUGGAGACGUAGCUGCUGAAGUACAUUUUGUGUUGUGACGAUACUUAUAUUGUAUGACAUUAAGAUAGAAAAUAAGCGGAACACUACAAUGUAAUUGCAAUCAGACACAUACUAACCUAAAUAAAUAAUAAAGUUUGUUUAGUCAAA